GCAUGUACGCGCAUAGUAGGAAGGCUGGAAGGGGGAAGUCAUGUGACCAGCAAGACAAGAAAACAAGCGGUGCCCAGCAUUCUGCAGUCUGGCUGAUCCAGGGAGCUUCCUGGUGUGGAUCUGUGUUAUAGACAUACAGUAGAUAGAUAAUGGCUCUAAACUGGCAGGUCCUGGUUAUUUUGGUGCAAACCUUUAUUGUACCCAUGAAGUUAUGUGAAAUUCCUGAAGAAAAUAAACAUUUAAUUCAAUCGUUGAACCUUAAGCUACUGAGAGUGACACUCGACACUUCCAGCGAUGCAAAUCCCAGUUUCUAUGUUGGUCUUCGUCUUUCUGAAGAUCAUAAUCUGGAAAAAGAGGAUGAGUACUUCCAGAAGCUGAAAACAUCAAUGGAAACCAUUUCUGCCAGUAGAUUGGGCGUCAAAGAGGGUGAGCCAAAGACAGGACUACUAGCCUUACAGCUGAUGGCACAGAAGGCUUCAUGUGACGACACAAGCCCAUCUGUAAGAAGCAGGUUACUCACACAUAUGAAAUACCACCUUCACAAAGAAAAGAACAGUAUAGCCCUUAAUAAUAAACCACUUUCGAACUACUACCAGUACAGCCUUGGCAUUCUAGCUAUGUGCAUCAAUGAUAAGUUCGUCGACAGGCAUGUCGUACACAAGCUCGUUCUUGCUGAAGAACAAAACAAGUUUGGACACGGAGAAUCGGUCUCAGUAGACACAGAAGCCAUGGCUGGCAUUGCACUGCUGUGUGUGAAGAGAUUCAAUAAUUAUCCCCGUGAGCUGGUCAUGCAUAUCAAAAAGUCAGUUAAAAGCAUAAAGGACAAAAUUGUGGCAUCUCAGAACACUGAAGGGGAACUAGGAAAUCUUUACAGCACCCCUCUUGCUUUGCAAUUUAUUUUAGCAUUGGGUGGCAGAAAGGACAAAGAUAUAUGUUCCAAAGCAAUAACCGCCCUGAUGGAUGGACUGAAAGAAGGGAAGUUCUCAAACCCUAUGAUGAUGUCUCAGCUAUUGCCUGUAUUGUUUCAAAAAUCAUAUCUGGAUGUGGCUAAUGUGGACUGUCAAAACACGAUAAGCAAUCCUUUGUUAAUCCCCAGUUCACCCACUUUCCACGAUGUUGUUGUUGGUGAACAAUUUAUUCACGUACGGCUUAUAGUAGAAGGACAGAAUUUCAAUGAGAUGAUUGAGGUCCCAUCACGUUCCUCACUUUUAGAUAUUAUGAAGACUGCUCAAAAGCUAAAUUCUAAGUUUUCAUUUGAAAUCAAAAAUACUUUGCAUGGACCCUUCCUCACCACAGUAAAUAAUGUGGCAGGUUACUGGCAGCUCCUGAAGGAGCCAAAUAUUUCCUUAACACAAGGUAUCGCUGAUUACAGACCAGAGAAUGGCGAGACAAUCAUCCUUCGACUUGGAACCUUCUGAUCCAUAAAGAGUUCUAAAAUUCAAGAACCACUGGAAAACUUUUUUUCUGUAGCUUAUUAACAUUUUUACCAUAUUUUACUAAAUAACCUUAAAAUAGUUGGCACGGAAUCAUCACCGGAAUAUUUUUGUGAAUACUUUA